CGCCAUGGGCCUCGCGUGCUGACAAAGCCACACUUAUAAGCCACGGACAACACGCCGCCUCCUCAGCAGCCGCGCCACAACCGAGGCACCCACGCAGACGCAGCCCAACCCGAGAGCAUAGCAGAGCAAGGAGAGAGGAUAGAGGGAGAUUGAUCGAUGUCUUCCAUAUCGGUUCCGCCGCCGGUGGCGCCGGAGCGGAGGGUGCCCGUGGUGGUGCCGGUGGUGCCCCACUUGGCUGAGGGAGGAGGAGGAGGUGGGAACGGGGACGAUGCGCGCGGUGGCAUGGCGGGGAUAUCGCCGAGUAUCCUUAUCAUCGCCGUAAUCGUGGUGGUGAUGCUUCUGGCGUCGAUAUCCAUCCACUACUUCAUCCGCAGUCUCUGCCGCCGCUCCUCCGCCUCGGGGCCCUCCGCGCCGCCGCUCCCGCUCGUGGCGGUCCGCAGCUCCGCGGUGGCCCCGGCAGCGGCGCCCGUGGCCGACCAAGGGAAGGAGGAGGCCGCCGAGAGGGAGCGGCUCAUCGGGCGGCUGCCGCUCUUCACGCUGGCGUCGUCCCUCGCCGCGCUGCCCAGGUCGUCCAGGGACUGCGCCGUGUGCCAGUGCGUGUUCUGCGGCGACGACGAGCUCCGCCUCCUGCCGGCGUGCCGCCACGCCUUCCACUCCAGCUGCGUCGACCCGUGGCUCCGCUCCAACCCGUCGUGCCCGCUCUGCCGCGCCUCCAUCGCGCUCCCGUACCCGCCGCUCCCCGAGCUCCUCCGCGUCGAGCUCGGCAGCGUUAGCAGCCGCCGCUCCACGUCGUCCUCGUCCUCCGCGGCUGUCGCCGCAGCGCCGCCAGAGGGAGUCCGCGCAUACCCGCUCCCCAACUCCAACACCAACACAGAGUACCUCGUCGAGGAGGACCUCCAGGUGGUCCUCAAGCCGCCCAGCGCCGCCAACCCGGCGCCACCGCCGCCCCCCACGGCUCGAAUUACCGGCGAGCCGAGCCAGCAGCUGGCAGCGGCGGCGGAGCGCGGGCUGUCGUCGUCCGUGACGCCGACAGCGUCGUUCAGGUCGGUGGGGCGUUCCAGCAGCAGGUGGAGCAACCGGUGGAGCAGCCGCUGGAGCAGCGGGCGGUGGAGCAGCCGGUACGACGCCGGGAGCGUGACGGCCGCCGCCACGGCCGAGUGGUGGUGGGACAUGGACGGCGGGGUGGCGCCAGCGUCGCGGCGGGCCGAGUCCGAGGACGGCAGCGCCUUCUACGGGUUCGUGCGGUGGCUGACGGGAGCAUACUAGCUACGUACAGUAAACAGCGCGUUCCAACGGCGGGACAAGCUCCGGCCUCCGGCGCCGCAGCCCCAGCGAGCCGGCCGGCGACGCGCAUGCAGUGUAAUCUCCAAACUACCCCUAAACCGGAUGGAUUCUGAUGCCGCUGCCGCACUCUCUGCUUUUGGGCAUCCGCGACCUUCUCUCUUGGUUUCUUUUGGGGUGCCGUACGGAUUACAAAACUGGCUCCGACUUGGAGAAUGUCGGCGGGAAGGUUGAGGAAUUCGCUUUGAGGCGAACCGAAACGAAACGAAACGAAAAUUCCACAUCUUCCCAAGCUUUCAGCUAGUUCUACUCCUACUCUAGUACUACUACGUAUACUGCAGUUUGAUUUGAGCUGUACUACUGGUCAGUCUGUAAUUUUCAUUCCAUUGGUCACUGUGGAUUGCAAGGCCAGUGCAGUGCAGUGAUAAAGAGAGUGAUUUUGCUCUCUGUCUCAUGUGUGCCACAGUGCGAUACUGUGUGCGUCGUAGCGUGCUACAGGAAACUAGGGGACAGCGGUAUGCUUUGAGGCAAGACAAGCAAAGAAAGCAUUUGUUGUGUGUAGUGUAGAGAGUGCACAUGGAGGUGUGGUGUUGUUAGGAUAUGGGUGCAGAUUCCUGGUCCAUGCCAUACAGCAUGAGCGUGAUCAUGAGCGUGAGAUCAAGAACUCAGCUCUACAUGGAAAAAGGACUUGGCUGUCCCAUUGGACAAGUAAUCAUCUCCUACCAUCAUCUACCAGUAGCUAGCAUGAGUAUAUUAUUAUCUACUGUUAGUUCAAAGUGAUCAUUUUUGUUGAACCAGUGUAGUGUU